AUGACUGAUAGAUCUACACCAAGGUCGCAGCCUCAGUACGAGCCUGUUGGAUCGGACGAACACGAAUUGCAUCACCUCACACAACACGAUGAUGCUCCUUUCGGUAGGGAAGCAGCCGGUGGCAACAAAGCCAAUGUUGCUGUAUUCUCUUCCGACAGCCUGGAGAGGCAGUCCGGGAAGACAAACCCAGCUAGUUGGAGACUGAAGACAAUCUUGAAGAAAUGGCGCAUGCAAGCCCUCGAAGCAUCAAUCCGAAAGAAGAAGAACCAGCAGGUACCCAUCGUCAAAGACCGUUUCACCGCAAUACUAGCUGCUCUGGUGCAUCUCCCCGCCAUCGCUGGCAUCAUUACUUUGAGCUUCUACAUCUUCAAGAACUACUACAUCGGCAAAGAACUUGAAGGGAAGCCCGAUUACGAUGUCGAGAAAAAAUUGGGUAUUCAGUUUGCGGCGAAGCUCAUGGAAAUGUUCAUUGUGCUGUCACUCAACGCCAUCGUCUUUUCCAUGAUCCGACACGAGUUUACGAUCGGUCAUUCUGUUCCAUAUGGUGCUCUGGUAGCUGGACAGCAGAUAUCCGAGGUCAGCUUCUUGUGGUCUGAGGAGUUCUUCAGCAUUGUGAAGGGAAAGUUCUCUCAAACAUGGAAGAAGGUUGGAUUCAUCAUUACUGUCUUUGUCUGCACGAUUAUGGCUCUGGGGGCGUCAUCGCUCAGUGCUGUUGCGAUGAUGCCACAGGAAGGGGACUGGAGAGCGGGCGGUAGUUUCGUCUACUUCAAUGGUACCAGAGACGAGCUGUUCCCUGGCGUCUUGACAGAGGAUAACACAAUCGGAUCUGCCUGUAGUGUUGCGGGAAACGAGCGUUGUCCUUCAUGGCAAUGGGAUGUGAUCAACAGCCAGCUCAUCUCUAAACUCCCUCUGUCAGGCGAAGUAGACAAUGGCUUGUUCAUCAGACGACCACCGAGCGAGAUUCUGGUUGCCGGACACUCUUCGACACUUGUCAACCUUGUGGUGGACGUCAGAGAGAAAUGGUUCAACCUCAACAGUCCCAACCAUACCGUCGCCAGAAUGCCGCAUCUUGGACCUGCCGAGGCUUGCAUCACAACGUCACUGCACUGGGAACAAGCUGCAGACGAUUCGGCCCAGAGAGGACAAACUCGAUUCAACAACUUCCAAAAGCUUGCCCACAAGCUCAAUGCACCGAUGCCAAUCACCAACACGAGAUGUGAGCUGACGUCCGUGGGCGACGCCAAAGCAAAGACAAUCUUGUUCCCCGACUUUGUGACCUUCCCACCAACAACGUUGAACGUCACGAAGGACGUUGUGAGUGAUUGGCUAUCAGAUACCCUGCCUGAUUUGAAGAAACCCGAAGUAUUGUGGUUUGACUCAGCACCAGUCAUUGCUAAUAGUUCUGUUGGCGUCGUGGUCGCCGUGCCAUCCAACAAGUCGCGCGAGGCAGCCGAUAUCUAUGGCUGUAUGAUCGAUGCACGGUGGAUCACCACUGAACUGAGUGGCGAUGCAGUCUCGCUGGCCAGUAAAGGAUACCCACCAUUCUCAGGAGCUAUCGCCACAGCGCUGGGAGGCUCCUGGAUUGGAAGCCCUGGCUACGGUCAGCGUGUCCAUCUCGCACCGAGCUUCGCCAAAUAUCUCAACCCUCUUGACUCGAGAGCGAACCGAACGGUCAUCCACGAAAUGCUUCUCAACAGUGGCGUAUGGACAACCGAUGGGAAGGGUUCGAAGUCCACGGCGCAUCUUGAGGCGGUUCUUGGGUCAUUGGCGGCUAACGGCUUGGGCCGAUCGACUCCGAACGUCACUGCCAUUACAACCCUUGCUGAUCCUGAUGGUGAAUGGUGGAAAAGCUUCAUGCCGCAGGACGGUAAGGUGUUUGGACCUGGUGGCAGUCCAUAUGCUGUAUCAGACGAGGACAAAGCUCGUCUCUUCAGUGCAGAGAUGGAGACAUGGGUGACCGGGUUCGCGUUUGCUGAUAACAGCUUGACCAUGCGCGGAGCCAUGGCUGUUUUUUACGUCUAUGCACUCCUUGUCAUCGCUUACUCGAUCUGGUCUAUCUGGUCAGGCAUUACUUCAUCUUCAUGGGAGUCUGUGCCGGACCUUCUCGCUCUUGCUCUUGCAGAUCGAGGAUCGGGGUAUGACUCUGAAGGACUUAACAAAGGAAGUCCGGAUAUUAUGAAGGAAAACUUUUGUAUUUCUGCAGAUGGAAAUACGCUGAGACUAAGAGCGACUCAUGGGUUGGUUCCACCUGAGAACCCACAAAACAGAAUACAGCCAUCGCCGCCGCCUUCGAAUCGCAUUAUAACUCGCCGUCGACUGAAUCCUGUCUUGGCGGCCUGCGAGCCAUGCCGCAAACACAAGGCCAAGUGUUCUGGUGAGAGACCAACAUGUCGUCGCUGUCUUCAACGUAACCUCUCUUGCAACUAUGUAGCGCGGCCAGGCGAAACACGUACACAGGCGCUAAACCGAUGCUCUCACGAGGCCCAUGAAGGCUCGAGUCAACGUGCAACUAUCUACGAAGAACUCAUCGGGUUGUUGAAGAACCUACCCGAUCAAGAUGCCCAGGCCAUCCUGCAAAGGCUAAGGUCAAGAACAGACGCGGCUUCAGUUCUUAACCAGGUCAGAGCAGGCGAUGUAUUACUUCAAAUGGCCGUCGUUCCCGAGACAAGGCUACGAUACGAGCUUCCAUAUCGAUCGGAGAUGCCGAAAGAGUUUAAACGCGACAAUCCUUAUCUAAACUCACUGCUGUUUGAAACAGCCUCUCUCUACUCACAACACCAAACAUCAGAGCCAAGCGUACCUGGACUUCUUGCUAGCCUGGGCUCUGAAGAGCAAAGAAGCCUUUACUUGAAGCCCUUCCAUGCAGCCCAAGUAGUCGACCCAUUACUCUCCGACGUCAAAGUCUCACCAUGGACCAGCGUCUCUUUUCACAAGGACUUAUUCCUGGAGGACAUGUCAGCGCGUCGUACCGACUUUUGCUCUUCCCUCCUUGUCAAUGUUACACUUGCAUAUGCUUGUGUCUGUUACACCAAUUUCUCUAACCGCGUCGAGUAUUGGAAUCCGAACACUCUUGCUUAUCGCUUCCUUGCCGAGGCCAAGCGACUAUGGGAAUUGGAAGCUUCUGUCCCGUGUAUAACUACUAUCCAGGCAGGUAUCCUCUUUAGUGUUUUUCACAAUCUUUGUGGUCUGGACGAGGUUGGGAAACCUUACAGGAUACAUGCUGUAGCUUUGGCCCAUCAGCUUCGCAUCUUUGACACUAUCGACGUUGAUCAGAGCAAGAGGAUACAGAGGGGAACGCAAAAUCUGGCUUGGGCUAUGUACAACUGGGAGACUCUCUCCGCCUUCUCGUUCAUGCUAUCUCCGCUCAUCAAGGAGCCACCAAAAUGGCCGCUUCCAGAUCCUUUGGAAGAUCUGUCGUGGUACGGCGAAGUAUGGGUCAAGUACCCCCUGAAUCAUGGCCUUUCACCGAUGUAUUUUGGGGAAGUUAUCCGUACUCGGAGUCAGUUUCGGAUCAUCAUGAAUGAGUUUUGUGACGCAGCCUACACAGAGGGUUCCAAGGUAGGAGUUGACAAGGCGUAUCAGUUUCGUGAAAGGCUGGAAAAAUGGUACAACAACUUGUCGACAUCUCUAACUCCCAGGAGAAUUGUUCUUCCUGGACAGCUACAAUUACAUAUGUACUAUCACCACUUACUAUUAACAAUCUUCGAGCCUCUUUAUGAUGUGGAAGCAAGUCAAGAACCUUCUCCACAGAGUAUUGUAGCAGACUCAAAGAAGAAUAUGCAGACACUUGUCCGGCUCUACUAUCUCCGACAUGGAUUUGAAGCAAUGGACCUCUUUAUCGUCAUCCCUCUGAUGAUGAUGGGGUAUGAUUGCGUAGACGCCAUCAAGGAGGAUACGCCAGAGGAAGAAAUUGAGUUACUACGAUCGACUCUCAUUCUGAUCGCUCAAGGCCUUUAUAACCAACGACGGAACCACUACUUGGCACAGGCACUUUUCAGAGUUAUUCGAGGGAAAAUGCGUCCGCAGGAGAUUGGUUUACUGAAGAGUUCAAUGGCGUUGGAUAAGUACGAGGCUAAUCCAGAACCAGAUAUGGCAGUGGCUGUUCGAAGCCACUGGCCAGUGAGCGUUGUUAAGAAACAAGAGGACAUAGAGUCCCAUAUCUUGACGAACCUUGUCGAGAGUUUUGGUCGUGUCAAUGUUGAAGAAAUUCCAUGA